ACCUGAGAGCAAAGAGUCAGAGACAGAAACUUGGCAGAGAGAAGAGCCCCCAAAAGAGAACAGAGAAGGAGACAUUGGAAAAACUCAACGUGAAGAGAGAGAGAACCCCAGUCAGACUAAAAGGGAGCUCCUCCCCCUGCCCCUUUAUCGUCCCCUCACCCAGGUUCCUGGCUUGCAGUUUUUGUUUGCUUUCUUGGGGUUCCACCUUUUGGGGUAUGCAGAGGCUCGGACUCUAGUCUCUCUGCUUCCCAGAUCCCCCUAGACUUCCGUCUUCCCAUCAUGUCAGUUGCUGUAGAGAUACUUGGAUUCUUCUUGGGUGCACUGGGGCUGCUGAUGCUUGGAGUGACACUUCCCAACGGCUAUUGGCGUGUGUCUUCUAUCUAUGGCAAUGUCAUUACAACAUCGACCAUCUUUGAGAACCUCUGGUACAGCUGCGCCACAGACUCCACUGGUGUCUACAACUGCCGGGAGUUUCCCUCCUUGCUUGCCCUGUCUGGAACCAUCCAGGCUUGCCGGGCACUCAUGAUCACAGGCAUCAUUUUAAGUUCCCUGGGCGUCUUUCUAGGCAUUGUUGGCCUGCAAUGUACACAAAUUGGGUCUCUGACAUCUGAGGGUAAGGCCAGGCUGGCUGCUACUGCGGGGGCCCUGCACAUACUGGCUGGUAAGAAAAGGGACACAAUUGUGAUAGAGGAAACCUUGGACAUUCUGGAGGGACCUGACCGGGUUUGCCUUAUUUAUCUUGUAGCCCUGCCAAGCAGUAUCACAGCUGCCACUUUCAUCUUCCACCUCAACUGCCUUAUUCUAGGAGUCAGUCAGCUGACGCUCUCAGCUGAUUGCUUCGGCCCAGCUCAGGCAGAGCAGCUUUUCUGCCCUCCUGUGGUGUGGUGUCUUCACUUCUCUGGUUCCCCUUCCCCGCUAUUACUGUUCUUACGAGUUUUGCUCUCUUUGGCUGUCUAG